CCUGCACUAUAAAUGCUCACAAGUCCGGCUUUGCAAGCCAGACUAUUAGCUAAGUGUCACGGCUGCCUAACAACACUAAUAGGAGCCCUGUAAGCUCUGGGAUACUUUGUCAGAAGAAUCUCUUAGCACCUUAUUCAAGUGGAUUACUUUCAGUUUCAGCUUCCAGUCAGAAUGAAACUGCUACUUCAGACCACCCUGUGUUGCUCUCUGCUUGCAACAUUUACACUGAGUGUGGAGAGCGCCAAGCCCGGUCUAAGCUCAGAGAUGAAAAAGAGACUGAGCGUCUGGCUGCAGAGCAGGACGAAACGAGGCUUAAGUGGAAUGGGAGAUGUGGAGCAGAUCGUUAAACCAGAAGAUGUCAGGGAUGCCUUUAGCCCUCAUUCAAGCACUGAUAUCCACACGCGGGUGAGGAGGUCAAAGAGCUCCAACAGCCAGGCCAAGCGGUCCAGCUGCUCCCUGAGCACCUGCGCCAUGAAUGACCUGAUGGACCGGCUGAACAAGUUCAACAGCCAGCUGCGCAUCGGCAGCGCCCCCAUUGACAAGAUCAGCCCGCUGGGGUACGGCCGGCGUCGGCGCUCUGUGCCAGCUCGCCGCACCCUCCGGCAGCUCCAAGCCGACCGGCUGCAGAGGCUGGAGAAGCUCCUCCGGCGGACAUGAGCAGGGGGGUCGGGCGGUGGAGGGGGGAUCGCUGUGUCCCGCCUGCCAUGGACAACUUUUCACUGGCCAGUCUUGAAAAAUCCAACAGGAUGUCUCUGACUGCAGCCAGCUGCUCUUCAGCACAUUUUUUCCAGGCGAGAGGACUGGAGCGGCGACCACAUGUCUAAAGAAAUGGGCUGAUUGACUACAAGCACCUCAGCGGAGUGCAGCGGCGGCCGCAGGAGGACAGAGCAGAGCCCCCGGAGGACAGGAAUGGGCGGCGGGGGUGUGAAAGGGAGUGUGUGUGGGGGGGUACCCACACCUCAGCUAAAGCACAGCACAGAACGGCUGGAGGGGGCAGAAUCAGGCCCCCGUAGGAUGUUAGAGGCUGACACCACUCUCUGUCUCUCUCCCAGCUCCUGAGGAACAUUCCUCCAGCACACUGGUGGACUGGGCUCCCUCUGCAUCUCCAAGUACAGCCUGGAUGUUUUGUUACGGCGAAACAAAGUUUCAGAAGAUGUGCAGUUUGGCCCUGGCAGCUGGGACUCCGUCUGUAUACCAUCUGUUCAGACACAAAAGCAAUGGUGAUGCCAAGCAAAGGACUCUCUAGGUUGGGAGCUGUACUUCAAAUGUGCAACUAUAUAUCCAAAUAUAGGUGUGGACACUGUAUGGGGAAAUCUAUUGUCAUGUUAUUGAAUCUUACCACUCCAUUACUGAUGGUACUCUACUUGAAUUUUUAUAGAGAAAUGUGCAAUUUAUAAAUAUCUAAAUCUGCAUAUACGUGUAUAUUUUGCCAGUGUUUAUAUAAAUUAUAUGUGUUGAGAUUUCACUAUUUAAAUGUUUUUAAUAUCUGUAACAGGUAAUUGUACUUAAAAAGAAAACUAUUUUUAUACUUAAAAAAAAUAUAUGGGCAUUGUAACUUUUAUUUGCUGUUUCAUUGAUUGUGGAACUGGUGUAAUAAAACAGCAUUCUUUAUUGUUAUAUUAUAA